AUGUCGCGUAUAUUCCUCGCGAUAGUUUUUGCGAUUUUCGCGAAAAAUUGCAACUCAUUUACAAUAUCAGGACCGAUAUGGAAGAACGAGAUAUCAGCGUGUGCUUCUGGGGGGGAGCACCAGCAUUCGUACACUUUCUACUUGGGAAGCCUUACAAAUUACGAUACGAAAUUUGAGGAUAUUCGUACAACUACCACCACAGUCGAGGCAGAAGGUGACUUGCAAUUGAAGACUGGUAAAGAAGGCUGGGUACCGAAAAGAGUUUUGCGACUGUCUGAUGCUUCGGAGGCUUCGGAGUACAAGCAGUUUAGGGGACGUUGGAGAAUGGACUCCUAUCGUGGGUGGGCAUCACAAUCUGUGGAGAUGGUGAUCACUGUGAAAUUCUAUGAUGAUGAUAAUGUGUAUAUGGACACUUUUGUGUCUGCAGGAUCCUGGAUGUCGGUCACUUGUUCGGAAACCAGAGCUUAUGUGGAACGAUUGAGGAUUACAUUGUAA